GUGUGCAAAGAAGGUGCCCAAAAGUAGUGGAGAUGCACGGCCGGCGACUAGUCAUUCGCCGUUGUGGCUCUCGUCGAUAUCGAACCGUCCUCUUCCCCCGACCUCUGGACCAUAAAUCAGUAGUGAGACAAAAUGCCUUUCAAGCCAGUUGAACACCCCAAGUGCCCGAAAUGCGGCAAGUCCGUGUACGCUGCCGAGGAGCGCGUAGCCGGAGGACUCAAGUUCCACAAGAUGUGCUUCAAGUGCGGACUGUGCAACAAAUUGCUCGACUCGACCAACUGCACUGAGCACGAAGGAGAACUCUUCUGCAAGGUUUGCCACGCGCGCAAGUACGGCCCUAAGGGCUACGGCUUUGGCGGCGGCGCUGGAUGCCUCAGCAUGGACACCGGCGAGCACCUGGAAGGCAAGCCUGAGGAGGCAACGAACGGACACACCAACGGGGUGGCCAAGGUCAAGACUGGCAAGGCCAAGGCCGCCGAGGGCGAAGGUUGCCCCAGGUGCGGCUGCAUUGUCUACGCUGCUGAGCAGAUGUUGGCCAGAGGAAGGGGUUGGCAAUCCUUUUACUGUCCUCGGUGCAGUCCCCAAUUAAUGCGUAGGAACUUGAAUGUCAAGCCUGUGCCGUCACGCUCGACAGACGCGUUACCUACGAUUUUGCAAGCGAUGAGGGAGAAGCACGAGGUACAGGGUAGAGACACCUUUAGACCGCCCCCGCCGAAAGUUUGCUACGGCAAGAGGUUUGGUCCCAAGGGCUAUGGCUACGGCCAAGGUGCCGGCGCCCUGCAGUGCGACGUGCUGAUGGAGGAUGGCGCGAACGCCCCCGUCGCCCCCAAGACUACUUUGGUGGACACGACCAGCAUAAAGGCGCCCCCAGGCCAGGGAUGUCCCCGCUGCGGAGGCUCCGUUUUCGCCGCCGAACAAGUCCUCGCCAAGGGCAGCAUGUGGCACCGCAAGUGCUUCAAGUGUCGCGACUGCACCAAGACCCUGGACUCAGUUCUUGCCUGCGACGGCCCUGACAAGGACGUUUACUGCAAGACCUGCUAUGGCAAGAAAUGGGGUCCCCACGGCUAUGGGUUUGCCUGCGGCUCUGGAUUUUUGCAGACCGAUGGCCUGAACGAGGCGCAAAUUUCUCAGCUGCGUCCCUUCUACAACCCCAACACGACCUCCAUCAAAGCCCCCGAAGGUCAGGGGUGCCCUCGCUGCGGAGGAAUGGUCUACGCUGCCGAGCAGCAGCUGGCCAAGGGCACUAUGUGGCACAAGAAGUGCUUCAACUGUUGCCAGUGCCACCGUCCUUUGGACUCGAUCCUGGCUUGCGACGGCCCUGACAAGGAGAUCUACUGCAAGGCGUGCUACGGAAAGAACUUUGGCCCCAAGGGCUUCGGCUACGGCCACUCCCCAACCCUUUUCUCUGCCAGUGAGACCAGCACUGCCCCAAGACCCAACGUCCAAAGAAGUGGCCCACAGGCACCUGAAGGCCAGGGCUGCCCCAGGUGUGGCCAGAUGGUCUAUGCAGCUGAACAGAUGAACAGCAAAAAUAGAAUUUGGCACCGUCGCUGCUUCACCUGUGGCGACUGCAACCGCUCUCUGGACUCGACAACCCUCAAUGAUAGCCCCGACGGAAAUAUUUACUGCAAAUCUUGCUACGGCCGCCGUUACGGACCCAAGGGAGUGGGCUAUGGAAUGGGCGCUGGAGUUUUAUCCAUGGCUUAAUUUUUUUACAGUUUUUUUAAGGUUUUGAGAGGCAAAAGAGGCAAAAGGGUUCAUCGAAGGAUGAUCAAAAAUCUGUUGGGCAGAAUUUUCAAAUUUUGUAAGAUUUAUAAAUAUAUUUUAAUCUCGACGUUCUUUCUUCUGCUCUCUAUUUUUUAAACUUCACAGUUGGCAAUCAUUACGAAAAAUACUGUGAUUUUCAUUAGCUAGAUUUUUUUAAUAAAAGCGAUCUGAGAAUUAAGUUGGAGAAGAUCUGUAUCAGACACUACUGGGGGUAAAUGCAAAUUUUGGGGUAGAUGCGGGCGUAGAAAAUUGACGAUUUUAGUCCCUUAUCCAACCGUCCUAGCGUGGGGGCGAGAUUCCAAAACUCCAUACAUCCCUAAUUUUGAUAGAAUCUUGCCCUUGCAGAGCACUGCAAUUUUAUUUCAAGGGAAGAUACUUUUGCAGUGCUCGAAUUUCUUGUAAAUUGGGCCUUGAAAAAAUGCCGCUUGGGCAUUAUUUUAAGUAUUCCCACGUCGGAAGACCACAGAAGUUCUAAUGAAUCUUUACAAGCAACAACUGAAAGGCAGGGAGCUCAAAUAUCUGCACUCAAGUGUUGUUUUCAAGAUUUUCGAUUUGUGUGGUUUGAUCAAUAAAGACUAACUUGUUAUCUGCAAUAUGUGACAGUAUCGACAAUAAGAUGUUCAUUUAAAUUUAACUCCAUUUUUGCGCUUUUAACAGUGGCUACUCUUAAUCAGGGUAAACUAUAGAUCGUAGCUUAUGUGCAUUUCUUUCAAUCAAUAUGCCAUCGGAGUAAUCAAAAUCAAUAUUAUAUUUUCUGUGUACUCGUGUUGUUCAUGAAUAAAAACUACAUAUUUAAUCAAA